AUGCUGGUGCUAAACUGUGCUACCAAGUUACUGACACUGGAAAAAGUGCUCAAGAGUCACUUUCCCGAAUCACUCAAGGUGUAUGGAGCAGUGAUGAACAUAAAUCGUGGGAACCCCUUUCAAAAGGAAGUGGUACUGGACUCAUGGCCAGACUUCAACGCUAUCAUCACUCGGCGUCAGAAAGAGGCUGAGACAGACAACCUGGACCAUUACACAAACGGCUAUGCUGUGUUCUACAAGGAUGUGAGAGUUUACCGACGGCUGCUGGAAGAGCGUGAUGUUAUCAACUGGGACCAGGCUUUUCACAUACAAGGGCUGCAGAGUGAGCUGUAUGAUGUUACCAAAGCUGUUGCCGACUCCAAGCAGUUGGAUGUGAAGAUAACUUCCAGCAAGGCAGUCAUUUUGCCCCCGGUCUCAGCUCCUCCAGACACCAGUCUCCUGUAUGUAAAUCCAGUGUCUGCAUUUAGAAGGAGUUCUCCCCCGCGGCUCACCUACCUGAGUGUAGCUGAUGCCGAUCUGCUCAACCGGACCUGGUCGCGGGGCGGCAACGAGCAGUGUCGCCGGUACCUCUCCAGCCUCAUCGCCUGCUUCCCCAGUGUGUGUGUCCGCGACGAGAAGGGACGCCCGGUCUCUUGGUCCAUCACAGACCAGUUUGCCACCAUGUGCCACGGCUACACCCUGCCGGAGCACCGCAGGAAAGGCUACAGCCGGCUGGUGGCCCUCACCCUGGCCAGGAAGCUGCACAGCCGUGGCUUCCCCACGCAGGGCAACGUCCUCGACGACAACGCCGCCUCCAUCAGCCUCCUGAAGACCCUCAACGCCGAGUUCUUGCCUUGUCGCUUCCACAGGCUCGUCCUCAUCCCAGCAGCUCUGUCCAGCCAAGUUCACCUCUAGCCCGGCGAAGCAGCAGGCAUCAUCUUCGGUCCCCUGAGGAUUCACAUCCUCCUUAACGGCCAGGGAAGAGAAGAUGAAAACGGGGAUCAGGAGAACCCUGGAGAAAGUAUGCAAGCUCAGCCUGAGAAGCCUUAACUAACCAUGCCUUGAGUUUUUACAAUCAAUAACCAGAAAAUAAAUAGAUAGGUAGGUAGGUAGAUAGAUAGAUAGAUAGCCAGGGUCAGGGGUCGCUGUGGCUGUCACAGAGGGAAUGACCCUCCUGUGGGAUCCACCGCAGGAAACGGGUCCUGCAGCCAGCAGUUCUCAGCACAGUAGCGGCAAUGACAGCAGGAGGACAAUGAUUUAACAGGGGAGCUUGUGGCUACCGCUUUCCGCCGGCCUGGGCUUCCGCUCUGAAGUCUCACAACCACACCAGUUCCCUGCUCCCCUGAGUACCAUUCACCUGGGCCCGCACUGCUCUGUCUCCCCAGCCACAGUGCCUACCACCUCUGACCCCAGUUCUCCGUGGGCUGUUCUGUGGUUUCGUCUUUAGUUCCUGGCUCUUUUCUUCUGCCUGUGACUCUAGCCUAGAGUCCUUCCUGGGAGCAUUGGGAGGCAGUGGUUCUCACACCU